CGAUCUUUCCUGUCCUAGUCGCAGACUCGUCAUCACAGCUCUCAAGCGAAAUUCCACCUGCUUCCUCCGCGCAAUUUCUCCUCUAUAGGGUAAGUCCUCUCGAAUCAUCAUCUCUCUGAAGAAUCUAGAGAGAGAGAAGUAGAGGAUAUGCCAAUAAUCUCCAAAGCUUCUUCAUCUACCAACAACAACAACAACAAUAACAACUCAUCUCUUCCUUCUUCUUCUAGGGUUCAUCUCUCUCUCUUUAUCUUUGAUUCACUCUUUGUUUGUAACUGUUGAUAGCAAUCCCGAUCUGGUUUUUAUGAUGGUUGAUUGGAGGUAGGCUUUGUGUGUGGCCUGGUUUCAGACAUCUUUGCCUGAGGAAAAGCUUGUUAUACGGAGUUAUGUGGUUAUUCUCAAUGCCACUCAAGACACUUCGAGGAGCUAGAAAAACACUCAAGAUCACACACUUUUGUAGCAUCUCCAACAUGCCUUCUUCUCUAAAAAUCGAACUGGUGCCGUGUAGUAAGGAGAACUAUGCUUAUGUUUUGCACGAUGAAGACACUGGCACUGUUGGAGUUGUUGAUCCUUCUGAGGCUGCGCCUGUCAUAGAGGCGUUGAGUAGGAAAAAUUGGAACUUGACUUAUAUAUUGAAUACUCAUCAUCAUGAUGAUCACAUAGGUGGGAAUGCUGAGCUGAAAGCAAAGUAUGGCGCAAAGGUGAUUGGCUCAGCUGUGGAUAAGGAUCGGAUUCCUGGAAUUGACAUACUUCUCAAGGAUAGUGAUAAGUGGAUGUUUGCUGGCCAUGAGGUUCGGGUUAUUGACACUCCUGGCCACACACAAGGCCAUGUUAGCUUCUACUUUCCCGGGUCAGCCACAGUUUUCACAGGAGACCUGAUACAUAGCUUAUCUUGUGGUGCCCUUUCGGAAGGUACCCCCGAGCAGAUGCUUUCAUCAUUCCAGAAGAUUGUGUCUUUACCAGAUGAUACAAAUAUAUACUGCGGUCGUGAAAACACAGCAGGGAAUCUCAAGUUUGCACUAUCAAUAGAACCAAAGAAUGAAACUCUUCGGUCCUAUGCAACCCGAGUGGCCCAUCUUCGCAGCCAAGGACUCCCAUCGAUUCCAACGACUGUUAAGGUGGAGAAAGCGUGUAACCCAUUCCUCAGAACAUCUAGCAAAGAAAUCCGCAGAUCUUUAAACAUUCCAGACUCAGCAAACGAAGCAGAAGCAUUGCGUCGUAUACACAGAGCCAGAGACCGUUUCUAAAGAAGCUUGAGGGUUAUCUCACCUUAUUGUAUAGUUGGAAGUCACUCAUCAUCAGCUGCAAAGAUUAAUAUAUGAUAAUGUUUUGAGCUUUUUCUCGGUAAUCAUUUGAAUAUUAUAUUCAAAACCAAAAAGUCAUAUAUCAAAUAUAUAGGUCAGCUCAGUUACUAAAAUACGAGUUUUAAAAUGUAAUAUAUGAUUUUCUUUUUC